AUGAGAGCAGCAGAAACACAACCAAACGCAUGUCCUCGUGGAAUCUUCAGGAGAAUUCGUCAGGUUAGACCAAAACCUCGGACAUCUACUGAUCUUUUAUUGCUGGCUUUGUGGUGUGAACAAGUGGGGACUGAGGCUGUUAUGGUAGAUUGGGCGAUAGCUUUCUAUGAAGAAUCAACUGAUUAA